AACCACCCUCCCCCACCACAAUCGGACAACCUUACCAUCGCACCACCUACCUAGCGACCGAAACAGCCCAGGCUCGCAUUCCCCCCCAUCUACCGCCCCCCGUUGAUGGCCCCCGACCGGACCGACAGCAUCGGCCAUUGAUAACGGCAGUCGAAACUCCGCCCGUCAUGGCUCCACGAGGCGGCUUCGAGGACGAGGAGCUCACCAUCUCCCUCUCCUCGUCCCACGUCCGCCGCGUCCACCAGCAGCGCCAUCCUCGCGCCCAGCAUGCUCCCGACGCCGCCGCUGCCGCCGACGCCGCCCCAUCAGCAGCAACAGCAGCACCCUCGUCCAGGCAGGGCAGAACCAUGGAACACAACGGCAGCCGCGACAAGUCCAAGGCCGAGCAGCGCCUCGGCGCCUACAAGAUCAUGAAGACGCUCGGCGAGGGCUCCUUUGGCAAGGUGAAGCUGGCCAUCGUCAACGGCACCGGCCAGCAGGUCGCUCUCAAGAUCAUCGCUCGCAAGAAGCUCAUCAGCCGCGACAUGGCCGGCCGCGUCGAGCGAGAAAUUGAAUACCUCCAGCUCCUGCGUCACCCUCACAUCAUCAAACUCUACACCGUCAUCAAGACCCAUAGCGAAAUCGUCAUGGUCCUCGAGUAUGCCGGCGGCGAACUCUUCGAUCACAUCGUCCAACACGGCCGGAUGAGCGAAACGGAGGCCCGCCGCUUCUUCCAGCAGAUGCUCUGUGCCGUCGAGUACUGCCACCGUCACAAGAUUGUCCACCGCGACCUCAAGCCCGAGAACCUGUUGCUCGACGAACACCUCAACGUCAAGAUUGCCGACUUUGGUCUGAGCAACAUCAUGACGGACGGAAACUUCCUCAAGACGAGCUGUGGCAGCCCCAACUAUGCCGCCCCCGAGGUCAUCGGCGGGAAGCUGUACGCCGGCCCCGAGGUUGACGUCUGGAGCUGCGGCGUCAUCCUUUACGUGCUCCUGGUCGGGCGACUGCCCUUUGACGACGAACACAUUCCCAGCCUUUUUGCCAAGAUCGCUAGGGGCACCUACAGCAUCCCUGUCUGGAUGCCUACCGGCGCUGCCAACUUGAUCAAGAAGAUGCUCGUCGUCAACCCUGUUCAGCGGGCGACGAUCGAUGAGAUCCGACAAGAUCCGUGGUUCAUGACGGAUUUACCGGCCUAUCUUCAGCCUCCAGUUGAGGAGUUCCUCAACACCGGCGUCGACCCCAACAAGGCCAUCGAGAAGCGCGACAUCGCACCAAAUGCCCCAGUUCAGGUACAAGAGAGGCUCCACAACGAAGUCACCGAGAAGAUUAGCAAGACGAUGGGUUAUGGCAAGAACGACGUCGAGGAGGCGCUGCAGUCCGAGGAGCCGUCCGCGAUCAAAGACGUGUAUAUGAUCGUGAGGGAGAACAAGAUGAUGCAGGUCAAUCAAAACCCGGAUGCCCUGAGCGAAGCCGACGAAGCCUCGAGUCCAAUGAUGAGCAUGUCUUCUGCCCGCUCUGGCAUGUCGCAGGGCCUGUCGCCGCGUCCCUACGUCAGUAAGGUCGGCAUUCUGCCCAGCAGUCUCCCUGCCUACCACAAAGACUUCAUGGAGAGAGAGAAGGCUGGCCUUGCAAUCAACCAGUCGUCGGCGACAGCGGACAACGACGAGCCCCCAUCGGCGAGGACAGAUGCCGAUAAGGAAGAGGCCGCGCGCCGGCUCAAGCCUCAUGCCAGGUCGCAACUGAAGCUGGAGGAAGGUAGCAAACGCCCGCAGAGCAUGACGCCGAUCAACCCGCCGAAAAAGCCUAAGCCUGUGCGAUGGCAAUUUGGCAUCCGCUCCCGUAACGCGCCGUGGGAGGCUCUGCUCUGCAUCCACAAGGCCCUCCAUAAGCUGGGGGCAACGUACGUUCCCGACGAGGAUUAUGCCCAGUCUCGCGAGAAGGAGAGCGAACCGCCUAGUGGCGAUGGAAGUUUUGCAGACGGCUACGACGGCGGCUCCCUGCACCGCGAAUCAAGCACAAGCCUGGACCCGACGAAACGAUACAAGCUCCCAGCCGACCCAUGGCAUAUCAAGGUGCGGUGGGAGUCAUCGACCAUCAAGCGCAAGACAAAGAGCUCACCCGACGGCUCCGGAGGCAGCCACGUCGGUACGCCAGACAGCUACCACGUCUACUCGCCGCAGGACCCAGUCAAGAAGGCGUUUGUGGCACUGCACAUGGACAUUCAAAUCUACGAAAUGGAGCAGGGCGUGUAUUUGGUGGACUUUAAGUGCUCCGGUUACGAGACGCCGGACGGAACUCUACUCGAGGAGAAGGAGGUGACGAGUCCAUUUCCGUUCCUUGACAUGGCUGCCAGGUUGAUUAUGCAGCUCGCCGAGGCUGACUGAGCGGCGGUGGCGCAUAGUUGCUGGGCGACCCGGGUUGGGCCCGACGCGGCGGUCGUCGCAUGCUGUAUUAACUUUGUACAGAGGCAGUCACCUGGCUUGCUGUCUUGAAGGUUGUGGCGAGACGGACGACUUUAUGACGCGAGAUUCGAUGUUGAGACGAGACAUGGCGUGGCAAAGUAGACUGCUUGUCAGGAGUUGGGGAGUUGGGCGGACUUUUAACUCUGCAGCCGAGGAUGCGUGGGAUAUUUGUUGGCAUAGUGCUAGAACGGAGCAGCUGUAUUGCCCUGCGGGGUUUGUGCUCUCACGUAGAGUGAGGCUCCGUUGCAAUAUACAGGCUCAAGUCACUUUUAUCUCAUGGACCGACGGUCUUUUACCAUUUUCAAUGCUGUCAUAUACAGUGUACAAUGCGACAAAGGAGG